AUGAAAAGACUGUUAGAAAACUGGCUAGUUAGCUAGGUUAGCCACCUAGCCUGAUUGGAGCUGUGGAACUAGCCAGCUAGUUGUUGCUCAUUGCUAACGUAUAAUGGAUAAGUGCUGCUGUAUAUAAUCUUAUAGUAUUUGUUAAUUUAGUAGGACUCAUUUUUACGCGUAUUGUUGUCUGUAUAUCAUAAAUACAUAAACGCGUAAGAUUGUUGAAGAUGUUUUGAUAUAUUCGGCGUCCCCAGUAGAUUCCUCUCAAUGCCCGCCCCUGUAACGUUUUCAUUGGUGGUGAUAGGAGAAACACCACCGCGUGAGGCUUCUCAUUGGCUUGUGAAAAGCUCCUCAACCAAUCAGCAAUUGUUGCGCCACUUGUUGCUAACGUUGCUGGUGAGUGCCGAUAGCGGAAGUAGGAGAGAACACUUCCUGGAUGUUAAGCAAAUAAAUAUCGUUCUGUUUCGUAUUCGGUGAACAGUUAAUGGACUUCUAGGGCGCUGGCAUUGUACAGAAAUCGAUAUCUAACUUUUAUUGUUUUCAUCAUGUGCGUGAGGGAAAUUGUACAUGUACUGUUCUGUUUGUUUUGCCGAGUGGGAGGUUGGUCGGCAGAUGGGCUCGUGAUGGCACGAAGAGGAGGGAGGCAUUAACAUUGGAGGAGCUUUCAGAGAGUAAUUGAAAAUUGAAUGGUGGAAUCUCAGCAUCUGACAGGAUAGACAUUCGCCACUGAGAACAAAGGAACCCUCAUCUUUCCCCCCAUUUCCCCCUUCUUACCACAAGCCAAUGUUUUUGUAAAAACACUAUAUUUUGUAAUGGUUUCUCUACAUUUUAUACUCAUUUAUGCAAUAUAGAACACUGACUGUAAGUGUUCCAGUUUGACCCUCGUUCUGUUAGGUUUUUGUUUUUGUUUUUUUUUUUUGUUUUGUUUUGUUUUUAACUUUCAUUUUGUUUCCUUUGCCAAGAAAUGCUUUACUUGAAAAAGUACUUCACAGAGGGUCUGAUUCAGUUCACUAUCCUCCUGAGUCUCAUUGGGGUGCGGGUGGACGUGGACACCUACUUAAACAGUCAGCUGCCCCCGCUCCGCGAAAUCAUCUUGGGCCCGAGCUCAGCCUACACACAAACACAGUUUCACAACCUGCGCAACACCCUGGACGGCUAUGGCAUCCAUCCGAAAAGCGUGGACCUGGACCAUUUCUUUGCCAUUCGUCGGCUGCUGAAUCAGGUGCGCUCUCUGGAUCACCUGCGUGUGCCCAGCACUGAGUUGAACGCUUGGCUGGUGCACCGUGACCCCGAGACCGUGGUGUCUGCAGCCAGCCAGUCCAGUCCCAGCAUUGCCCUGGACAAUGGCGGCAGCCUGGAGGACGUGAACAGCCCUGAACCCUCGGCCAUGAGAGGGACCGGCGGCACUUCUGAGUCAACCUACAACCUUAGUGGAGAGGACAGUUUGGGUGCUGUGGCCCCUGAGGCCAACCAGGAGCAAGGCAACAGAGACAGCGUUGAUGAGCUUUCUAAAGAGGACAUAGACCUUAUAGAUAUUCUCUGGAGACAGGAUAUUGACCUCGGAGCUGGACGGGAAGUGUUUAACUACAGCAGCAGGCAGAAGGAUGGUGAGGCAGAUAAACCGAAUGAGGCAAAUGAGGAGGCAGGUGUGCAGGAGGAGGACUGGAGAAAUGGAAUCAAUCUGCAGGAGGGUCAGGGCAUAACUCUUGUGGAUGGAGAGACCGGAGAGAGCAUACCUGAGCAGCUCUCCAGCCUUGGCACACAGACCUCAAUGUCCCUACAGGAAUGCCUAAGGCUUCUGGAGGCCACCUUCCCUUUUGGAGAGGAAUCAGAGUUCCAAGCUACAGAAGCUGACCCGCAACUGAGAGGCCCAGCAGAAAAUGUUCCUUCAACAUCUCAGGGGCUUUCACUGCCUGCCCCUUUGCCUCAGUCUGAUGCACCUCUAGACCUGGAACAGCAAUGGCAGGACAUAAUGGCAAUCAUGGAACUGCAGGACAUGGAUAUGAAUAACACAGCAGAAAAUACCAAUCUCAACAAUAACCUGAAUAACACUCGUGCUAAUACCAGUGAAUCUGGCACAAUGACAAGUUUUGGUGUUCCACAAUCCAGUCUGAUCAACCAGGAUGUGAGCCUCCAUCAGGCAUCCCUCCCAAGCUGCAGCCAGGACCUCCCCAACCUUUUCAACUCUGAAUUAGAUCCCUCUGUUGGGCAGAGGCCUACUCUCCUUAGGCUCUCCUCCAGCAAUUCAUCUAAUAUCAACUCAACAUUUGGAGUCACAAAUCUUACUGGGCUGUUCCUCCCACCACUCAACAGCACCAACAACUUAACCUCUUCCCCAGUGCUGCCCGAUCCCUUUGUUAGCCUGCUGGAGGAGUCCAUGCUGGACGAAAUUAGCCUUCUCGACCUUGCAAUGGAGGAAGGGUUCAGUCAGGCUCAAGCCUCUCAACUAGAAGAUGAGCUUGAUUCGGACUCUGGACUGUCUUUGGAUUCUGGACAUAGCCCUGUCUCUCCCAGCAACUCUGAGACGUCUUGUUCCUCGGCUGCAUCUUCGUCCUCCACCUCUGCCACUUUCUCUGAGGAAGGUGCUGUGGGCUACAGCACAGAUUCUGAAGUGGCCACGGCUGAAGCAGAGGAGGGAGCCGUUGGGGGCUACCAGCCCGAAUAUAGCAAGCUGUGCCGCAUGAGCUAUCAAGAUCCCUCUCAUUUUCAUAACCUGCCACAGCUGGACAGCAUCAAUCACAACCACACCUACAAUCUGCCACUGGCCUCCUCAUACCCUGAGCAGCCCCAGCUGCUUGGAUCCUGCAGUAAAAAGUGCAGAGACAAACACCUACAACAAACCAAGAUUCAUCCACCACGAGAGUUCAUCGACAAGCAGUCGAGCCGCGAUGAACGUCGGGCCAGAGCCAUGAAAAUCCCAUUUUCCAACGAUAAAAUUGUCAACCUUCCUGUUGAAGAGUUCAACGAGCUUCUGUCCAAACACCAUCUCAGCGAGGCCCAGCUUUCCCUCAUACGUGAUAUCCGCAGACGUGGCAAAAACAAAAUGGCUGCACAGAACUGCCGCAAACGCAAGCUGGACACCAUCAUCAACCUUGAGCAAGGUGUGCAGGAUCUGCGGCGUGACAAAGCCCGGCUGCUGAAGGAGAAGAUGGAGUGCCUGCGCUGUAUCAGGCAGAUGAAGCAGAAGGUGCAGAUCCUUUACCAGGAAGUGUUCAGCCAGCUGCGUGAUGAAGAAGGCAGGCCUUACCCUGCUAGUGAGUAUUGCCUGCAGUACAGCGCUGACGGUAGCGUGCUCAUUACGCCACGAAGCAUGACUCUUGAGCAAAGCCGGAAGCCUGACAAGAAACCGAAGGACAAAAAGAAGUGAGGACCUGCUCCUUUGUUUUGCUGCCAAGGCUCCACCACCACAAAAAAAAAAAAAAAUUACUAUAAGGUGGAAGUAAAUGCUGUUUUUUUCCUUUGAGAAGAUUCUAGCAAGGAAAAGAAAAUUGCACUGUCAGUGUUGUUCCUGCAUUAGGUUUUCUCCUUGUUUCUUUCUUUGGUUCAAAUGUUUUCUCCAGAAAAUAUGAAGCAGAAUUGCUUUUUAAAGUACCGAUUUUCUGUUGUUUUACUUGGAGUAUGACCAGAAUGGUGAAUUGACUGAAUCUAAGAAGAGUAAAAGAGGCAAACCGCGGCUGUGGAAACACUGACUAAUCUGAGAAUAAAUUGAGGAAUUGACCUUAAUUUCCAUCAAGAUCCCAAAACCAAAAUGAAUGUAAGGCUAGCCAAUUAUCGGCUUGGAAAGGUCAUUAGACUCUUUAGUAUUGGCCUCUGAGGUGUGUGAUUACCCUGCUGGUAGUCCUUUAGCAUUAAAGAAGAAGGCCCUUCUUUCUGAAGAUGGUGGAGAAGCUCUCGGGAAGUUGGAAGAUGAACUUUUGUGUCGAGAAAACAAAUGCAAAAGAAAGCAUACCCUUAGUAACCAGUGGUUGUGCAUUUCUUUUGUUUCUGGUUCCAUCACAGUGGUCAGUUGUGUACCUACACCAAUGUGAUUUCAAUGACAUAACAAGGAAAUGACAUUUCCUUUGGACGGUUACAUGUGAAACCUGACAGAGGUUUCUCUGGGUAUUAAAUGCCACUUGCCAUGGAAAUAGGAAAAGUUGGACAAAGUAGGCUGGUUAAGAAUGAGUUUGAGGUAAUGCUUGAGGCUGGAAUGAAUGAGAUGAAAAUUAAAUACUGAGUAAAGAUGCACACUGCAUUACUAAUAAAUCAGCUUCUGUGCUCUGCUCACUGCUGUAAAUCAUCUCUGUCGCUUGGCUGUAAGCUCUCAGUCUUUAGCAGUUGUUUCUCUUCUGCAGGCUUAAAGGUGAGAAUCUCCUCCUUGAACCUUUCAGUAGUUUUCUUCCCAUGUGCAUAAACUUCUACAUAAGCUACAGGCCUGAUUUUGUUUCUCCUGAAUUCUGUCAAGAGCAUUUCAUUGCUUAAAACCGGACGUUCUAAAAAAGGAAAAAAGAAAAUCAAAACAACCACAAAAAAAACUGUACAGAGUUGUUAUGCUGAAUUUCAGCUCGUCACCUGCUUUUCAGAGUUACUUUCUGGCUUAGUACCGGACUGCUACGUUGUUCAAACAACAGGCGCAAAAAGUACAGUUCUCACUCCAAGUCAGUUUCUUUUAGUUGCAGUAGUUUUCUGUAAUGCUCUUUUUCUGUUUGAUUAUGACAUGGACAGUGAUACUCUGAAAUAUUGAGAAUAUUGGCUUAAUGUUCACAUCAUUAGAGCAUAGUUCAGUAGUAGUUCCUUUUUGGAUGAACCAGUGUGUAAAAGUGUGAAGUGAACAUCACAUCUUUUCAUUAAUGUAUUUUUUUCGUUUUCUCUUUUACUUGUGGAACUUCCCCAGUUAAACAGACAAAUUUCUGAACACUACCAUGUUCCUGUUUAGUCAAUAAAAUCACCUGGAGAUCUGAAAAGCUGCUUAGCAUGUACCACAGUGGAAUCGGAUCAUGCUUCGGAAAUGCAGCGUAACAGUUGCUUUAGAACUAUUCAGGAGACUAGCAUACAUGUGAAAUAUAACAUCUUUAAAAUGGAGCUUUAGCACUAAUAAGAAAGCUUUAAUCCUCACCAGACAUAUGCAUCUUCAUAAUUUAUUCACUUCUACCGGUUUCCAUUGCUCACAUCUACACAGCACACACACAGAGCCACAUGUGUGGAGUUAUUUUCCUGUCAAAAGUAGUUGUACGUAAAGAUCGCAAUUAUAUCAUACUUUUAUGAAUUGAAAAUUCACGGAAUUGUUCAUAUGCAACUGCGAUUAUAACCUUGUUAUAUGUUAACCUUAUGUUAAGUGGCACCCUCAUAUCCAAGUGCAAGUCCUACUUUACAUCUUUUCAUGUCUUGUUCUUGUGAUUUCCAGUCACAAUUUAUGUCGAGUCGUUAACCAAGUUGUUUUAACAGCUUUUGUACUAUCACUUUUGUGUACGCCUCAAAAGCGCAUUAUUGGCACUCAACUCAAUCUUAUGACUGUAAAAGUUCGAGGGGUAUAAUCUAACCAGAGAGCUAUGGGGGCUGGCCUCAGACAAACAAAAAAACAAACAUUAAAAGUUAUCAAGCAGCUCGCCUAGGCCAGGGGUCUUUAAUUACAUCCACAGUGGGUCAGCGUGGCUGGAUUGCCGGUUUUCAUUCCAGCCGAAUAGGAGCCAUAUUUGGUAGUCAUUUGAAAUCCAAGAUCAGUUGAAUUAAGUGUUGUUUAUAAGUGGUAUUAAAAACAGCCACAACGGCAGGUAAGGUUGAAGACCACUGACCUUCAAAUCACAUUCUUAAAGAUGCGGCUACAAACUAUGCACGUAAAGCAGUAUUCUCUAAACCCAUCAAGUAGUGUGUUAUUUAUGAACUGAAUGUUCAAAUAAGUAUUUGAAAAUGGCCACAACAAGCUUACAUUAAGAAUUUGUUGAAAGUUGACUGAAUUUGCAAUUCAUAAAAUGACGAUUUGUCAGGAAAUGCACUCUGUACAUGGGGCACUCUGUCUGGUUGUUGCAGUAUGCAAGGAGGAAAAAGUCACCAUUAUUUUGACGAGAGAACUUUUACGAUAUUUAAUAGGUAUGGAGUAGAUCAAGUUAAUUAUUUAAACAACAACAAAAAAGAUCAGGCAUGGAAAUUGUGCUUAAAAUAGUUUAAGUUCCUGGUCUUAUGCUGUCACUACUUGUCGUCAUGCACUGAUUUUUUUGUGUCUUGUUUGUUUUGUAAAUAUGUUUAUGUUGUUUGUUUUGAUUUAAAGAUAUUUUGGCCCUCUGUAUUUUACCAGGCCUUCUGACUCCUUUUUGAUUUAGAUUCACUUCCUGUUAGUUUAUUUUGAAAGAUUUGCUGGCAAUCUGGGAAUUGUUCAUUUGUUGGUUAAUAAACUUUUUUUUUUUUUAA